AGAUGGAGAUGGGAUCACUGAUUCUUCUGCUCUGCAGCUCUGCUGCUUUUCAAGGUUACUGGACCACUGAAGUACCAACUGUUUCAGCGGAUAUACGACUAGUUGGGGGCGACAGCUCCUGCUCUGGGAGAGUGGAGGUACAGGUCCAUGGCACCUGGGGCACUGUGUGCGAUGACAACUGGAACAUGCCUAAUGCUGAAGUGGUUUGCAGACAGAUUGGCUGUGGACCAGCCUUGAGUGCUCCUUCCAGUGCUCAUUUUGGACAGGGCAGUGGACAGAUCUGGCUGGAUGAUGUCUGCUGCACUGGCCAUGAGUCGUCUCUCUCUCAGUGCAGACAUAAUGGCCAUGGCAUCCAUAACUGUGGCCACCAUGAAGAUGCUGGGGUAGUCUGUCAAGGAUCGAACAUAACGGAUAUACGACUAGUUGGGGGCGACAGCUCCUGCUCUGGGAGAGUGGAGGUACAGGUCCGUGGCACCUGGGGCACUGUGUGCGAUGACAACUGGAACAUGCCUGAUGCUGAAGUGGUUUGCAGACAGAUUGGCUGUGGACCAGCCCUGACGGCUCAUUCCAGUGCUCAUUUUGGACAGGGCAGUGGACAGAUCUGGCUGGAUGAUGUCAGCUGCACUGGCCAAGAGUCGUCUCUCUCUCAGUGCUCACAUAUUGGCCAUGGCAUCCAUAACUGUGGCCACCAUGAAGAUGCUGGGGUAGUCUGUCAAGCGGAUAUACGACUAGUUGGGGGCGACAGCUCCUGCUCUGGGAGAGUGGAGGUACAGGUCCGUGGCACCUGGGGCACUGUGUGCGAUGACAUCUGGAACAUGCCUAAUGCUGAAGUGGUUUGCAGACAGAUUGGCUGUGGACCAGCCCUGACGGCUCAUUCCAGUGCUCAUUUUGGACAGGGCAGUGGACAGAUCUGGCUGGAUGAUGUCAGCUGCACUGGCCAAGAGUCGUCUCUCUCUCAGUGCUCACAUAUUGGCCAUGGCAUCCAUAACUGUGGCCACCAUGAAGAUGCUGGGGUAGUCUGUCAAGGACCGAACAUAACGGAUAUACGACUAGUUGGGGGCGGCAGCUCCUGCUCUGGGAGAGUGGAGGUACAGGUCCGUGGCACCUGGGGCACUGUGUGCGAUGACAUCUGGAACAUGCCUAAUGCUGAAGUGGUUUGCAGACAGAUUGGCUGUGGACCAGCCCUGACAGCUCAUUCCAGUGCUCAUUUUGGACAGGGCAGUGGACAGAUCUGGCUGGAUGAUGUCAGCUGCACUGGCCAUGAGUCGUCUCUCUCUCAGUGCAGACAUAUUGGCCAUGGCAUCCAUAACUGUGGCCACAAUGAAGAUGCUGGGGUAGUCUGUCAAGGACCGAACAUAACGGAUAUACGACUAGUUGGGGGCGGCAGCUCCUGCUCUGGGAGAGUGGAGGUACAGGUCCGUGGCACCUGGGGCACUGUGUGCGAUGACAUCUGGAACAUGCCUAAUGCUGAAGUGGUUUGCAGACAGAUUGGCUGUGGACCAGCCCUGACAGCUCAUUCCAGUGCUCAUUUUGGACAGGGCAGUGGACAGAUCUGGCUGGAUGAUGUCAGCUGCACUGGCCAUGAGUCGUCUCUCUCUCAGUGCAGACAUAUUGGCCAUGGCAUCCAUAACUGUGGCCACAAUGAAGAUGCUGGGGUAGUCUGUCAAGGACCGAACAUAACGGAUAUACGACUAGUUGGGGGCGGCAGCUCCUGCUCUGGGAGAGUGGAGGUACAGGUCCGUGGCACCUGGGGCACUGUGUGCGAUGACAUCUGGAACAUGCCUAAUGCUGAAGUGGUUUGCAGACAGAUUGGCUGUGGACCAGCCCUGACAGCUCAUUCCAGUGCUCAUUUUGGACAGGGCAGUGGACAGAUCUGGCUGGAUGAUGUCAGCUGCACUGGCCAUGAGUCGUCUCUCUCUCAGUGCAGACAUAUUGGCCAUGGCAUCCAUAACUGUGGCCACAAUGAAGAUGCUGGGGUAGUCUGUCAAGGACCGAACAUAACGGAUAUACGACUAGUUGGGGGCGGCAGCUCCUGCUCUGGGAGAGUGGAGGUACAGGUCCGUGGCACCUGGGGCACUGUGUGCGAUGACAUCUGGAACAUGCCUAAUGCUGAAGUGGUUUGCAGACAGAUUGGCUGUGGACCAGCCCUGAGUGCUCCUUCCAGUGCUCAUUUUGGACCGGGCAGUGGACAGAUCUGGCUGGAUGAUGUCAGCUGCACUGGCCAUGAGUCGUCUCUCUCUCAGUGCACACAUAUUGGCCAUGGCAUCCAUAACUGUGGCCACCAUGAAGAUGCUGGGGUAGUCUGUCAAGCGGAUAUUCGACUAGUUGGGGGCGACAGCUCCUGCUCUGGGAGAGUGGAGGUACAGGUCCGUGGCACCUGGGGCACUGUGUGCGAUGACCACUGGAACAUGCCUAAUGCUGAAGUGGUUUGCAGACAGAUUGGCUGUGGACCAGCCCUGAGUGCUCCUUCCAGUGCUCAUUUUGGACCGGGCAGUGGACAGAUCUGGCUGGAUGAUGUCUGCUGCACUGGCCAUGAGUCGUCUCUCUCUCAGUGCAGACAUAUUGGCCAUGGCAUCCAUAACUGUGGCCACCAUGAAGAUGCUGGGGUAGUCUGUCAAG